AUGACGUUUCGCUGUGAAACGGAUUACAUGUGGCUCCCGGCGUUCGGCGAGGAUGAGAAGAAUUGGCCCAAUGGGCUUCGAAUAUUCCUCUACGUGCUGGGCCUCUUCUACUGUUUCCUCGGAGUGGCCGUGGUUUCUGACGUCUUUAUGAAUGCCAUCGAAAGGAUAACAUCCCAGAAGAAGAGGGUCAAACUCAAGUCGACUGGGAAGAUUGUCACGCAAACGGUGUGGAAUGACACCAUGGCCAACCUGACGCUUAUGGCGCUGGGCUCGAGUGCUCCAGAGAUCCUCCUCAGUGUGAUCGAGAUCAUGAGCAACGAAAUGUACAUCGGCGAUUUGGGCUCUGGCACGGUAGUAGGCAGUGCGGCGUUCAAUCUCCUUGUGAUCAGUGCCGUUUGCGUCUGCGCAAUACCAGACGGGGAGGUGCGAUACAUCAAGGACAUGCAGGUGUACUGUGUGACUGCAACUUUCUCCAUCUUGGCUUAUGUCUGGCUUUUGUUGAUCCUCAUGGUGAUCUCCCCGGAUAUUUGCGAGCUCUGGGAAGCUGUGGUGACGUUCCUGCUUUUUCCUGUUCUGCUCGCGAUUGCAUUUGCUGCGGACAAGGGCUACUUUUCUCCUGGUGGUGACGAAGAACCCAAACAGGAUGAGAACUUCCACG